AGAGGUAGCUGUGUCAAUUCAGGUGGGUGUGAGAGUGGAAUGUUCCCUUCAGUUGUCAUUCUGGAAGCAAUUAAUAGCUUUUUCGGGGCAAAGUUUGGGCUCUGGGGAAGAGUGAAGAUGCAAUCAGGAGGAUAUUGCCAACACAAGGAGAUCAGCAUGAUCUUGCACAAGCCAUAUAUCAGAGACUUGGCCAAUGCAAAGUUUGUGGACUGAUGAGACCCAAUAGCACUGUUCUGCAACGAACCAAUGGUUUUUCUUGGUCCAGAGACGGAAGGUUCCAAAGCUGUUCCAGCUAUUUUUGGUGCUCAUCAGUCAGUAGGCCCUGCAUCAGUUUGCUAUACCUCCAGUACUCCUGCUCAGAUACUGGAAGAUAUUGGCUGUCUUUACACAGACUCCCAACUGUUUGGCAGCAGGCAAGAUGGUUCUCCGUUAAUGGAAGAGGCAAUCAGUGGUAUUGAAGCUGAAGACCCUCUGUACAACUUCCACCCUCCAAAUCCCCUCCAGGUCUCAGAGGUGGAAAUGAGAGGUUCGGAGGACGUUGCCCCUGGCACUGUGUUACAACGGUUGAUCCAGGAGCUGCGCUAUGGCAACCCAAGCGAGAACAUGAACCUGCUGGCCUUUCAGCAGCAGGCCACAGGCAGCGCAGGACCGUCCAACUCCACUGCCAGCACACUUUCUUCUUCCACGGAAAACCUCGUGCCGGAAGACCCACAAAUGGUCCAGCAGUCAGCACGCCAGGAACCACAAGGCCAGGAGCAUCAAGGGGACAAUACGGUGAUGGAGAAACAGUCCAGAGGCUCCCAGCCUCAGCAGAACAACGAGGAACUCCCGACGUACGAAGAGGCCAAAGCCCAGUCUCAAUUUUUCAGGGGCCACCAGCCCAGUGCUGUCGGGCCAGGUUUUUAUGUGGCUGGCACUUCCUGUCCAAAAUCAAGGACAGAAGGGAGGCCUACUUUGGCCCGGGCCAACAGUGGGCAAGCCCAUAAAGAUGAAGCUCUGAAGGAACUGAAGCAGGGCCACGUGCGGUCCUUGAGUGAGAGGAUCAUGCAGCUGUCGCUGGAGAAGAAUGGCACAAAGCAGUAUCCCUCCAUCUCAGGGAGAAACAAAGGGGUCAAAACCAGUGGGCCACCCCCUUCCCAGGCUUCCGGAAAAGGCAUGGAUCCAAGGGGGCCACCACCAGACUAUCCAUACAAAAGCAAGCAGGUGGCCUCUCCUGUGAGCAAAACUCAGGAGCAAGGGAUGUUUUUUAACGACCAACAUUCUGGAAUAAUCCAGGAGACUGUGAAGCCCUCUUAUUCUGCUCCACAGCCGGCAAGAACGGAAGCAGCUGUUGUCCGAUAUCAGCCCCCUCCAGAAUAUGGUGUGAGCAGCCGUCAGUGCCAGCCACCUUUUCCACUGAUGCCCCUGCAACAGCAGCACAGCCCCAUGUCCUCGCAGGCCUCCUCAAUCACUGGCUCUUUGCACUCCGCGUCUUUGCCGCCCCUGUCAAUGGCCACGGCAUCCCAGUCUCUGCCUCCCACUCCGCCAAGCCAGCAGCAGCAGCAGCUCCUUACACCGGAUGCAUUCACCAUCGUGCAGCAAGCCCAGCAGAUGAUGGAGAUGCUAUCGGAAGACAACGAGGCCUUGCAGAAGGAGCUGGAGGGCUACUACGAGAAAGCCGACAAACUUCAGAAGUUUGAAAUAGAAAUUCAGAGAAUUUCGGAAGCUUAUGAGGACCUGGUUAAGACCACCACCAAGAGAGAGUCCCUAGACAAGGCCAUGCGGAACAAACUUGAAGGUGAAAUCAGAAGGCUCCAUGAUUUCAACAGGGAUCUACGUGAGCGAUUGGAGACUGCCAACAGGCAGCUGGCCAGCAGAGAGUUUGAUGGACAUGAAGAUAAGGCAACAGAGGGCCUCUAUGCCUCUCAGAACAGAGAGCACUUGAAGGAGAAAGAGAAGCUGGAAAUGGACUUGACAGCCAUGCGGUUGACCAGCGAGGAACAGCGAAGGCAUAUUGAAAUCCUAGACCAGGCCCUGAACAGUGCACAAGCCAAAGUCAUAAAACUAGAAGAAGAGCUGCGGAAGAAGCAGGCGCACGUUGAAAAAGUGGAGAAGCUUCAGCAGGCCCUGACUCAGCUUCAGGCCGCCUAUGAGAAGCGAGAGCAGAUGGAGCGGAGGCUGCGCACGAGGCUGGAGAGAGAGCUGGAAUCUCUGAGGAUGCAGCAGAGGCAAGGGAACUUUCAGACCGCCACCUUGCCGGAAUACAAUGUGCCUGCCUUAAUGGAGCUAGUACGGGAGAAGGAGGAGAGGAUUCUGGCUCUGGAAACGGAUAUGACCAAGUGGGAGCAGAAGUACCUGGAGGAGAGCGCCAUCCGGCAUUUCGCCAUGAACGCCGCAGCCACCACUGCAAUAGAAAAGGAUACCUCAGCCACUAAUCACUCCCGGAAUGGCAGCUACAGUGAGAGUUCCCUGGAGGUCCAUCCCUGGCAGGAAGAAGAGGAGAUUUUGCAGGUCAAUCGGAGGUGUCAAGACAUGGAAUACACGAUAAAGAAUCUGCAUGCCAGAAUCAUUGAGAAGGAUGCCAUGAUCAAGGUCCUGCAGCAGCGGUCCAGGAAGGAUCCUGGCAAAGCAGACGCUGGGAGUUUGCGGCCUGCUCGGUCUGUCCCAUCCAUUGCCGCAGUGGCCGGGACUCAUUCCCGUCAGACCUCCCUCACCAGCAAUCAGAUGGCUGAGGAGAAGAAAGAAGACAAGAGCUGGAAGGGGAGCAUAGGGUUGCUUUUAGGAAAGGACACCCACGACCAUUCAUCCAUCCCCGCCUUGCCUCCUCCACCUCCCUCUUUGUCUUCUGCAGUAUCCUCAUGGCCAGUGCCCAUCUUCCAUGCCAAAACGGGCAGCAGAGACAGCAGCACUCAGACGGACAAGGGCUCUGAGUUUCUCUGGCCAAGCUCAGCGUCUUUCCCAGGCAGGGGGAAACUGAGCGGCACUCCUGCUGGCAGCCCAGCCCUGAGGCACAUGGUAGCCAAGGGGACUGGGGAGAGACUAGAGAACUCUUCAAGUUUCGGGAAGCUGCCUGACAGCAAAGGCAGAGUAAGCAGUCUGCUCCACAAGCCCGAAUUCCCAGAUCCAGACACGAUGGAAGUCCUUAUCUGAAGCGAUGGCAGCUUUCUCGAUGUCUUGUGCAAGUGCCCAUAAAACCUUGGAGGUGGUGGUGGUUGCUGUUUCUGUGCCAAACGGAAGAACUCUGGAGAAGAGUUGAAAGCUAGACCAAGGAUGCUUCCCGUCUGGAAGGAAACCCUGGGUGAAUCGGACUUCUUAAUGCGGAGGGAGCACAAGAGGUUGGAGACGGAACCUUCAGGGUAUCUGCUACAUACAAUCGCAAAAGCGUUGGCCAAUCAUAUGUGGAUGGAGCAAGCCAUUGCCACAAGAUAUAAGAAACUGAAUUUUCUAUUACAACGGAAAAAGGGUAUCUCUUCUCAGAAGGUGCAGUCAGUGUGCCAAUAUCCGUUCUGCUACCAUCAAGACAGUAUUUCAUCACCGGCUGGCUAACGUCAGCAGCUACAUUCCCUGUGUGAAAUUUCUUGCACAACAGAUACACCUGGGAUGAGGAAGCAGGGCUUCCAGAUACUCGCAAUUUCAAACUUAUCAACUGCCUUCCCCAUUUUUGUCUCCUCACUCUUUAAUCCGCUGUUUGCUUCUCAGUCUCAAUACAUGACAUUUCUGCUGUUGGUGGAACAGCGAGGUAAAUUAUGUAUCCUUGCCUAUAUUUAAUAUUUAUUAAGUAGUGGUAGUAUGUUUGGUGCUGUUGACAACACAGAAGAAGUGCGAUCCUUGCCAAGGAGGCUUAGAAUCAAAUGGCCUGAUCUGAAACCCAUAUAGGUGACACCAACUGAUCUCCUUCCAGAAGGGCAGCUGCAUACGUUGGUUGUGGCAAAAAACCAACCACACAAAAAACCUAGAGUCCUGCCCCACAUUAUGUGACUGUGGCUAAGAUCCAUAAGUCCCAUUUCCCACAUUAUCAUGGACAUGGCGUGGGUUGGGGGGGAGGCACAGGAGAUUUCUGCAUCUUCUUUUCCUGCUUCAACGUAAUUUUCAUGUUAACUCUGACCUAAGCACUUCUGCUACAUCUGUGCAUUUAGUUUUGUCCAUUUAUCAUAAAUUGAAUAGCUCCAGUGUUGCUUUUCCUCUAUUUCCUACCAGUUUAAUAAAAGCACGAUGUACAACGGAGACAUUGCGGAUUGCAAGAAUCGAAAGCUUUCCUUUGCAAGAGUGAAUGUGCAGCUUUCUUUGGAAAUAUUAGGCAGCUUAAUCCAUACUUUUUCUUUUCUUUUUUAAUCCAAAAGAGAUGCAGUUUACAAAGAGUGUUAAGAAUGGGUAUGCCAUCUGCUUAGGUCUGUCUCUUGCCAGGAACACUUACUCAUAGAAUCAGAGAGUUGGAGGAGGCCGCAGGGGCAUCUGGUCCUCCCUGCUGGAUGCAGAAAACCCACAGCUAGAACUUCACCAGCAGAUGGUUGUCCAGCCUCUGCUUGAAGACCACCAGUGGGGGGUUGCUGCCCCCCACCCUCCUGGUUAUUGUUUCUAUUGUCAAACUUCUCUUACCAUUGAGAGGUUUUCUCUAAUGUUCAGCCAAAAUCUCAACUUCUGUGUGGGAGCAAGCAUGACUUCUCCCCUUUGCUAAGCAGGGUCUGCCCUGGUUUGCAUUUGAAUGGGAGACUACAUGUGUGAGCAUUGUAAGAUAUUCCCCUUAGUGGAUGGAGCCACUCUGGGAAGAGCAUCUGCAUGCAGAAGGUUCCAAGUUCCCUCCCUGGUAUUUCUAAGAUAGGGCUGAGAGAGACUCCUACCUGCAGCCUUGAAGAAGCUGCUGCCAGUCUGUGUAGACAAUAUUGAGCCAGAUGGAUCAAGGGUCUGACACUGUAUAAGGCAGCUUCCUCUGUUCCUAAGCCCAUUAGAUCUAGUUCUGCCCUGUGGGGGCAGCAGAGAACAAGACUUUGCCCUCUUCUAUGCAACAGCCCUUCAGUUAUUUGAGGAAUGCUCUUGUAUCCUCCCUCAGUCUCCUUUUCUUCAGGCUAAACAUACCCGACAUCUGGAUUGGAUGCCUUGCCUCUUGGGAACAAUCAAGGUCACUUACAGGAACUUAGGAAGCUGCCAUACGGAAUCAGACAUUGGUCCAUAUUGGUCAGUAUUGUCUACACUGACUGGCAGCAGCUUCUCCAAGGUUUCAGGCAGGAGUCUCUCCCAGCCUGGGACCUUCUACAUGCAAAGAGAUGCUCUAUCACUGAGCUUAUGGCCCUGUCCCCUUAGGGGAAUAUCUUACAGUGCUCAUCUGCAAUCCAAAUGCAAACCAGGGCAGACCCUGCUUAGCCAAGGGGACAAUUCAUGCUUGCUACCGCAAGAUCAGGCCUUAUUGGAGACCAAGGAUAUUAAUUAUAAGAUAAAGAGGUCAUUCACACAAUCGAAAACUGUGUUCUACCUGGGUUUGGGAACUGUGUGUACUCCCAAUUUUUGAUUGUGUGGAAGCAAGGUUAGAGGAAAACCUGGGUAGAAGUGAUUGUGUGGAAGCAAGGUAGGAGAAAAAGCUACCCAGGUUUUCCUCUAACCUUGCUUCCACAUAAUCAAAAAUUGGGAGUACACACAGUUUCCAAACCCAGGUAGAACACAGUUUUUGAUUGUGUGAAUGACCUCAUAGUGAUAUCUGUAAGGGCCACUUCACAUGCUACAUGGCAACAAACGUGUCAUUCACCACACAGACACCUAAGGCGAGGGGCCCCAGCCAAGCUCAACUCUCUGCUGCACGCAUACACAUCUGUGCAAUCACACAUGACACACCUUGCCAUUUUGCCUGUACAGAUACUUUUUGUGGCUGCCAAGCCAGAAAUGGCUGUUUUGUGUGCUUCUUGUAGCACUGGUGGGGAAUGUGCAUCCACAUCCACAUUGUUGACAGGGGUUGGAUGCCUUGCAUCUGGAUACAUGCCUCAGUGCAGAUGUGCAUCCCCAUCUGAACUACGUGGGCAGCCCCACAUUUAGCAGGUGCCAGAGACAGAUUCUGCAUGUGGCUUCUCCGUGUUGAGCUGGGGCAUUUAGAAAGGUGGGGUGGCAAGCAGCCCACAUCAUGACCCUCCUUCAGGGGAUGACUAGGACAAGCCAGUCAUUUUGUAACGAUCUUUUGUACAUUGCUAGCAGUACUGUUUAUGCAGUGGAAGUGUGCUCUGUUUUGACUCCAGUUCAUGGAUUUGCCUCUUAACUGGGCAGUGUGUGGAAAGAAGCCCCUCCUUCCCUCACAGAGCCUGGAGUAGCUGCCAGAAGCUAUAGAAAGUCAUGUUUUGAGGAUCUCUUUUGUCCUUUGCCCAGUCUUCAAACAAGGAAGCCCGCCUUGCUGUCUUGUACUAGAGAGAAAUCAAUCCAGGACAGGGAUUUCCUUGUUCCCUUUAACAAAAAGCAAAAAGAUGUUCUAGCCAAGACAUGGCUAGUUGGGGCUGUUUUGGGGACUGACACCUGCUUUCGUUACUCAGAGGUGUUUCCCUCACAUGGCGCUUUGCUCUGAGGUCGACAUGUGGAUGAACCAGGGCUCUCUGUGUGGCAUGGUUUGCUCACUCUUGGUGCUGUUUCUGGGGUGCAAGACAUUGCUGGUUUUAGGGGAAAUAGUCUACCGUUUUCUCUUUGCUUAUGGAACUGGCUUUGGCCAUAUCUCACCCCAGAUAUUGCGACUCCCUACCCAGGCGGAAUUCAUAGGCUUAUGUUUGGGAAUUUUUGUUUCAGAAAGUGAUAAAGGUUUUAAAAUGUAGCUUUUUCCUCAUUUGUGCAAUUUCUUAAUUUAACCUAUUUUUAACCUAACAAACAGCAGAACCCAUAGGUAUACAAACAUUCCCUCAUUUUCUGUGUCUUAUAAACACAUACAUACAUACAAGCCCCAUCCACAUGUUAUGUUCAGUACAUGUACAGCCCGUGUACACACAUACAGAUCAGUACAAACAUACAGUUAUUCACACAUUCUGUUCAACACCCAUAGAGUAGAUAGUUUCUCUCUAUAUCCUACAUUUGAAGGGGGCUUCUCUGUACCAUGUAUUUAAAAUGAACGCAUGUACAGACAUUCACACAAAAACAUGUAUGAUGCUUGUAUGCAGGUACAACAAAGUCUGGACAGAGCUAUAAUUCUCUCUCUCUCUCUCUCUCUCUCUCACACACACACUCACACACACACACACACUUUUCACUGCAUGCAGCACAAUUCUAUCCCAUGUAUAAUCAUUCAGAACAAGCUGCUGGAUUUCAGCUUUUUUAAAGUCAGGAUUAAAAGAAUGUGAACAUGUAAUUAGGGUCUUCUCAAUUCAUUCAAACCACAUUAUAUAGGAUCUCUUAUACAUAAUUACACAUAAGUAAUCUCUAAGUGUACAUUCUGCUGAACUCAAUAUAAAUUUCCCCCCAACUAUUCCAACAUACUGAAAUCAGGAUUUUUAACAAGUGGGAUCAACCAGAUUUCAUAAUCCUGGAACAAUUGCUAAAUAGAACUGUUCUGUUCGGUUUUCUCCUUAAUACUCAUGGCAUUGUAUUAAGCACCAGACCCACUAGUUAUAACACAGGGCUUUACAAACCCAAGCUCAAGGGAGCCAUGGUGUCUUGAAAUUUAACUGUAGAGGCUAGACUAGGAUAUUCAGAGGCAGAGUUAUUUAUCAUAAUUUUGGGUAGAAAGGCCACAGCGAGUACGUUAUUAAAAGUUGUUUAUUGCCGCCUGUGGCAUUUACACCAAUGCGUUGUUUACACUAGAAUUCAGGAUCAAGCUGUAGUAAAUCUUUAAGCAUUCAACACAACCAAAAAAAUAAUGCAUGAUGUCCCCCUCUAACUGCGGCAUUUACACUGAUGUGGUGUUUCUUCUGGGUUACUGCAAUUUUUCAGCCUUUUUUCCUUACUGCGGCUUUUACGCCAAUGCAGCCUUUCUGUCCAAAAUUACAGUAAUAAAAUCUUUGUUCCAGACAGCCAUGUUUCUGUUCUAAGUAUGCUACUUCUAAAGGGCAUAAAGAGAAACCCAUUUAACCCCUUCUAUAGUGUCCAUCACAAAGUCCAGUAAUUUUGUCAUUCAUUGUCUGGCUCCUAAAUUUUUGGGCUGGCUUCCAGAUCCCAAGGAAAUUUGUCAAGGCCUCUUGUAACCCCCCAAAGGAAUGUUUACACCUAAGAUUUCACUUGCAUAUAGAAGCCUGCUUACUACAGAUUCAGACCUCAUGUGUAAACAAAUGUCAGACAGUGUUCACAUUUUCAGCCAAAAUGAGCACAGAACAUUCUUUUUGAUCUGGUUGUACUUGAUUUUUUGUGCAAAAAGGUUCUCUAGAUCAGUGUUUCUCAAACUUUUUGGAGUCAAGGACCGCUAAAUUCUUCGUGCAGAGUUUCAAGGACCGCUACAUUCUUCAUGCGCAGUUUCCCGGACCAGCAGUUAGUAAAGGGGUUUCAAGUCUGUCUAUCUAUCUCUCUAUCAGACUUCUAUACUGCCCCAAACAUGCAUCUCUGGGCAGUUUAGAAUAAUAUAAGCAUUAAAAUAAUUAAAUUUGGAAUCUUUUGCAAACAUGGAAUAUUAGGGGUUCUUAACCUUGGGUCUCUCAGUUAAACUCCCAUAACCCCCAACAACAAUGGCAUUUGGCCAUUAUGGCUGGGGAUUAUGGGAGUAGAAGUCCACCAACGUCUGGGUACCCAAGGUUGAGAACCCCUGAAUCUAAAAGCCUGGGUGAACAAAUUUGUCUCCAGUAUGUCUUCAGUAUGUGCGGGGUGGGGGUGGAGGUGCUUCUGAUUACUCAGUGGAGAGGGUAUGUUGGGCCAUUAGAAAAAUUCAAAAGCUACAUGGGGCCAAUGAAAACAACAUACAAGCAAGCCCCACUGAUGCAAGAGGGAAACAGCGUUCCCUCUCAAGGCGCCUUGACCACAACAGGCAGCUGGGUUUCAAUCAACCAACCUUUGGCUGCAAAUAAUGAGCAUGCAAGAACCAGCAGCCCUUCAAGUGGUGCCCACUGCCAUACUUUUUCCUCCAUGCCCCCGCACCGCAUACAGUUUGAAGCUGUAAAGAUAGGGAAUAAGAUAGCUGUAGGAAGAUCUCAGCAGCACAUGGAGGCAAGGCACAAGAAGGGUCCCAUGCCUCCGUGAUACUCUUCCUCUUCCGUGCCAUGUGCAAAAUUGAGGAAGUGAGUGCCUUGAUUUCAGUUUGGGGGGGGUUGACUCCCAGUCAGGGACCGGCACUCAAGCCUUCGGGGACCGGCAGCGGUCCAGGGACCGGUGGUUGAGAAACACUGCUCUAGAUCACCCCGAAUUAGAGCAGAUUCUGUAAAAUACGUGGUUAGUAAAAUGUCAGCUUUCCCUGUAGCAAAAAAACCCAAAACAUUUUCUAUCCUGUCCAACACCUUGACUCACAUGCUACAAUUGUGCUGUGUGAGAAUUGUGCUGUAGUUAUAUUCCAGGUAAACCAGUUGUAACAUACUGUCAUAUACUUUUCUAUUGUCCUGUUGUAUGGAAUGGUUGGUAUAGAGCAUUGUACAGCUGGAAUGUAUUGGUACGUAUGUGGGAGAAUGUUUACAAAAAAAAGAAGAAAAGUGUACAUCUCCCACAACAAAUACUGAUGUUGUUGGCCAGCCAAAGAUUUUUCUCCUGUUCUCUGCUGCUUAAAUUUGUGCCUUAAUAUUGUAUAUAAUAAAUGUAUACAAGUGGG